ACCGGUGUCCGCACCCUCUGACCAUCAGGGUUUGACGGCUCGGACAGCAGAAGCCCUCUCUCCCGAUAAUCGAAUAAAGAGAUCACCGACGAUGGGGUGCGGUGCGGCGAUCCUGCGGCCUACCGCGGCGCUGCUGCUGUGCUCAGUGUGGUUCGUCUUCCUUCUGCUGCUGCUGCCCAGCGUGACGGCGGUGUGGUUGAGCCUGCCGGCGGCGGGGACCAAGUGCGUGUCGGAGGAGAUCCAGCCCAACAUUGUUGUGCUCGCUGACUACGCCGUUAUUAGCGAGGACCACACCCACGGAAUCCCGACAAUCUCCGUUAAGGUGACAUCACCAUAUGGAAACACACUUUAUCACACUGAAAAUGUUACUGUAGGUCAGUUUGCAUUCACAACCACAGAGGCUGGCAAUUAUCUAGCAUGUUUCUGGAAAGAUAGUGGUGAUAAAGUUGUAGGUGCAAGCGUUAGCCUUGACUGGAAGAUUGGGAUUGCAGCAAAGGACUGGGAUUCGGUUGCUAGGAAAGAAAAGAUCGAGGGUGUCGAGCUUGAACUAAGGAAACUAGAAGCAGCCACGCAGGCAAUCCAUGAGAACCUGUUAUAUCUUAAAGCCAGGGAAGCAGAAAUGAGGGAAGUGAGUGAGAGAACGAAUGCUAGGGUUGCAUGGUUCAGUAUCAUGUCCCUAGGUGUUUGCAUUGUAGUCUCUGCUUUGCAAUUGUGGCAUCUGAAGCAGUUCUUCCAAAAGAAGAAACUUAUUUAGAUCGGUACCUGAUACAUGUAUCCUAAUGUGUAAUAUUACUUUUUAGAAACGAGGGAUCAAGAAGACAAGUUUUAUGUUACAAUCUUUUCAUGCACAUGAUGGUAACAUUAGUUUGCAUUUGUUUAGUAUGUUACAAGCUUUUCAUAUACAUGAUGGUAACAUUAGUUUGCAUUUGUUU